UUCAACGACCAGGAAUCUGUAGCUCUAUCUGGUGCACAUGCCGUCGGCCGUUGCCACCGCGACCGUUCCGGAUUCGACGGCCCCUGGACGUUCUCGCCAGUAACAGUCAGUAACGAGUACUUCCGCCUUCUGCUCAAAGACAAAUGUGUCUGGAGGAAGUGGGACGGCCCCAAACAGCUCGCAGACAAGACCACCGGCACACUGAUGAUGCCAUAUGCUUGCUCUUCCUCGGAUUACGCACUCGUUCAGGACAAGACGUUCAAGAAGUACGUCCAGGCGUAUGCCAAGGACCAGGACUUGUGGUUCCAAAUAACAAAGUAA